AAUGGUGGAUAUGUUUCACAGAUUAACAUGGACAACGCCUACAACUGUGGAGCUGUAUCUGCUAUAUCUCCAAGAUUUAUCAGAACCACUUACAACUUGCAAGCAAACUUAAAGUCAGGAUGUGGCGUCCUUACGGCCUCAUUCCAGUGUGUAUUUGAUCGCUCAUCGCAAAGGAAUGGAAACAGAAACAUUGCCCCGACCCAAAAAAACAUAAAACUAUUUCUAAAACCCUCAAGGGAAAAUAAGAAGUAUAAAGUAAGCACUAGCUUUUACACUGACGGAACAUUUCAAACUAAAUUGCAAAAUCCCACUGUGAACAAUGGUGAUCCAAUUUAUGCUGAAGCCAGACUGGAUAGAUGUCCAGUUGAUGGUGUGAGCUACAAUGCAACUAACACUCGUGGUCGCUUUGCCAUAAAAAGUUUUGAAUUUUUAUAUGGUAGAAACGAACUUACCUAUUUGCAUUGUGAAUGGACUGUUUGCAACAAGAAAUAUCACCCAUGCAAAUCAUCUGAGUGUGAAACGAAAAGAGAAAAGCGCGAAGUACAGACUGUGGAUCAACCUGGUUGUAAAAUGCUUGUCACAUUUAAACCAAUUCGUGUUAUACCAACAUGUGAUAAGAAGGAAGAAUUGACUGUGACAACUAGCUUUUACACUGACGCAACAUUUCAAACUAAAUUGCAAAAUCCCACUGUGAACAAUGGUGAUCCAAUUUAUGCUGAAGCCAGACUGGAUAGUACAAACACUGACCUAAUUGUGUUGGGGAAUACGUGUUAUGCAUCAUCUUGUAAGGAUGCUGGUAAAUGUCCAGAACGCAAGUACUUGUUAAAACAAGGAUGUCCAGUUGAUGGUGUGAGCUACGUUGCAACAGACAGUAGUGAUCGCUUUGGCAUAAGAAACUUCAGAUUUGUGCAGAGAAAUGCUAACCUUGUUUAUUUGCAUUGUUAUUUGAAUGUUUGCAACAAGAAAAAUCCUCAAUGCAAACGAGCUGAGUGUGAAACGAAAAGAGAAAAGCGCGAAGUACAGACUGUGGAUCAACCUGGUUGUGAAAUGCUUGUCACAUUUAAACCAAUUCGUGUUAUACCAACAUGUGAUAAGCCUGAUACAUGUGGACAGCUAUGUAAUGUAGUUGGGGACAAUGUUGUUUGUUCUUGCAACGAGGGAUACAAGCUUGACGAUGAUGGAAAAUCUUGUGUGCAGUUAUAAUGAGCGUAAACUGAUGAAACGGAAAUGACAACGACCACGGACACUUUUUAAUUUACAUGUACCCAAGAGUAUUUAUCUUUUAUUAUCAUAAAUAUUCAAAUAAUCACUGCUGUAGUUUAAAAAACCUUAAGUUUUAAAUAAUAUUUAUUCAAAAUCCAUGCUUGGAAAUACAGCUCCUAUUGUUCCACCGCUUGGCAGAAAGUAAAGUUCAAACGGUUUCUAUUAUUAAUAUUAAAUAUAGGUAGGGUGGGGGAAGACGGGACACUUUAGCUUCUAUUUAAAUAUCCUGAUCGUGUUUUAAACAAUUCACAAUAAUCUAUGGCAGUCGUAAAAAUACAGUGUUACAAUUUUUUGAAUUUUUUUUGUUUACUACAAAAUAAUACAAAUAGAAUAAAAUGUG